UCUCGCAGAUUCCAUGUUUUAUUUCAAAGCGUGAAAUUUUGGUUUGGCAGCGUAUUAAAAUUCCCUAGUGUCACUAUGAAUUAUUGUAUCAAAAUUUCUUUCUCUAUCUUCUUGACUAUGAGUUACAUGAUUUCUUCCUGUCUAUUGACAUGCCAAUGUCUAAUCCUUUGUGUGUGUCCAGCACAGAAUAACACAAGAAGAAUGACAAGUGAAGAAGAGCGCCUUGCGAGAUUGCGAAGGACGUUGCGUUCCUUAGCGACUCGAGUCCCAAAAGUAAUUCUGAAACGAGUUGACUCAACAUUUCCUGUUCUGAAGGAUCAGGCUACUGUUAAAUUGGAUGCAACCAGUAGAGAGUCUGCACACUUCAAUAAGGAUGUUAGCACCGAGGAACUCCCUGGUGAACACAGUGCAGAUUUGUCAGAGUUACAGAGCGAAGGGAACUUUAAUUCGUGCGAGAUUUGUAAGAAAACAUUUUCUCGUAGCAAUAAUAUAUCGGGACUUACAAGUGCUAGUAGCAGAGGAACAACUUCUCAUUGUGAAAUGUGUGUCAAAUCGUUCAUUGAGACGCGUAGUGCAGUGCGACUAUUCAGAGGUGGUGAACGGAAGUUUUCAUGCAAUGUAUGCACCAGAAGUUUCACUAGUCGCUAUAAUCUAGACAGUCAUAUCAGGGUACACAGUGGAGAACGACCCUUUUCUUGUGAAGUGUGCAAGAAAAGGUUCGCUCAUCGCUCUAACCUAAACAGGCAUCUCAGAGUACACACCGGAGAAAGACCUUUUUCGUGCAAAGUGUGUAACAAAAGGUUCCGUCAGGGCUUUCAUCUAAAGACCCAUCUGAGAGUACACACUGGGGAACGGUCUAUAUCUUGCGAAGUGUGUAAGAAAAGGUUCACUCAUAGCUCUAGCCUAAACGCCCAUCUCAGCAUACACACCGGAGAACGACCCUUAUCUUGCGAAGUGUGUAAGAAACGUUUCGUCCAUCGCUUCAACCUAAACGCCCAUCUCAGAAUACACACCGGAGAACAGCCUUUUGUGUGCAAAGUGUGUAAGAAAAGGUUCACUAACCGUUCUCACCUAAAGACGCAUCUCACAGUACACACUGGAGAAGGGCGUUUUUCAUGCAAAGUGUGUAAGAAGAUGUUCGGUUAUCGCAGUAACCUAAUCACUCAUCUGAGAAGCCACAGUGGAGAACGGCCUUUUUCAUGCGAAGUGUGUAAGAAAAUGUUCCGUUAUCGCGAGAACCUAAUUCCUCAUGUGAGAAUACACAGUGAAGAACGGCCUUUUUCAUGCGAAGUGUGUAAGAAAAAUUUCACUCAGAAGUCUCACCUACACAGGCAUCUCAGAGUACACAGUGCAGAACGAUCUUUUUUAAACAAUGUGAAGAAAAAAUUUCACUCGCGUAAGAAAUCUAAAUGGGCGUCGCAGAGUUCACCAUGAAACAUGGCAUUUCCACAUAAUGUGCACAAGAAAGCGUCCACUCACUGUGACAGUCCAAGUCUACAGAGGCCUCCUAAAAUUCGCUGUUCUAUGAAUAUGUAUUUUCAUUGACUGUAGUGUGAUGUUCGAAGUAAUCCGUUAUGCUCUAUUAAAAAUUACAAAAAUUGAAGGUUCUUUGGUGUGAUACAAA